CUGCAAACAGUGUUAAGUAGACCUUUCUUUAAUACUCAAUUAUAAAGAAAAGGAAAAAUGGUCAAGUCAAGUAAUGUAAUAAUGUACAUUUAAGGGAAGUGGAUGAGAAGAAGGCCAAAUCAUGGCUUUGAAAAACAAAAAUUGCACCUUUUGAAAAAGUAAAUCGGUCUUCUGGCUGAUAAUUUGAUUAAGAUUGUAUAUGCAAUAGUAUGUGAGAAGGGUGCAAUGAUUCCAUUAAAUGAGUUUUACCAAUAAAUUCCAGCACCAUUAGUCCCAUUAAUUGCAGCCAACUAAUUUGCACAUGCAGUUGCUUUUAGUUGCCAAAAUCAUCCAAGAAACAUAUCUAUUCCCUUGAUUACUAAAAACCAAUAAAGGCAUUCUGAAGCAGGGUAGCUCCGCAAUGGCUUCAGUAGGCAAACAAUCUUACAGAAGACUGAAAAAUGAAGAAUUGGAAGAAGAGAUAGUAAGGAAAGAAGUGAAAAAAGCAAGGGCGUGGCUUAAGUUUCGGGCUCUAGCAGGUAGAAGAAGGCCAAGGCUUCGUGUUGCAGCACUGAGAAUAUUUCUUAGAAAAAGAAGCAAGUUUCUGUCUAAAUUCAGGGUUCGAUGGCGCAAGGCCUUGAAGAGAUUGAGGAAUGGACAGAGUCACAUGAAUGAUCUGUUCGGAGGAAAUAUGNUGCUGAUGCAGGGAAAUCUUGCUCCUUUCGAUUUCGAUGGCGAGGAGGAUACUCUGGAAACAACUCUCGAUGGAGCAGAUGGCGAGGAGAUACUCUGGAAACCGUUCUCGAUGGGGAAGACAGUGUUGCUGCCUCUAGGCUUCAAUUCUCUUGUCCUAGGAUAUUUUGAAGCAACUUUAUUAUGUUCUAAAUUUUUAAAUUCUCUGUAAUUUCUAGGGAGAAACUCUAGUACUCUAGUUUUCAAUUCCACACUAUUCUAAGGAUGACUGUAAUCCUAAUUACUCUUGACUGCUUUCCUAUAUUAUGCAUGAUGACAUCCUGAUUAUGUAUGUCUUUAUUGGGAUGUUACACUUUACUAAAAUGUACCACACCCCAUUUAUGGUUACUUAAGCACGGUUAGUUAACCGAAGUUAGUUAACCGCGGUUAGUUAACCUUGGUUACUUAACCGCGGUUAGUUAACCUUGGUUACUUAAUCGCAGUUAGCUGACCGCGUCAGGGUUAAUUAACCAUGGUUAGUUAACUGUAGUUAAUUAAUCGCGAUUAGUUAACCGCGGUUAGUUAACCGCGGUUAAGGGCUAACUAAGGGACUAAGGCAAGAGACUAGUGCUAGUGUUAAGGGUUAGGGGCUAAGGACUAAUUAAAAAUUAGGGUUAACUAGGGGUCAGGGGACUAGGGGCUAACUAAAGGACUAGGAACUAAUAGGGGACUAGGGGCUAACUAGGGGACUAAUUAGGCUAGCUAAGGACUGGGACUAGGGACUAGAAUUACUAGGAGGGAUUAGGGGCUAAUAAGGGACUAGGGACUAAUUAGGGACUAGGGACUAUUUGAA